AUGCUCCGGCAGAUGUGGAUGGCAUUGGCAUCGUAUUUUGCCGUGGCAUUUGGUGAUGCCGAGCCUGGCAGCACUACCUCUUCGAGCACCAUGAUGCUUGACACAGGGACGGACUGCAAUCCCUACCAGGGUACCAGGUACAUCACUUUAGGCAAUGGCGACAGUGUCACCUCGACUGUGUGCAAAGACAGCUGGGACCUUUAUGAGGUGGCGGUCUACGACGACCAAAACCAGGAGAUCACCGGCGUUACGGCCACUGCACCCACGGGAAGCGCUCCGCCUAACACAGGAUAUGGGGGCGACUAUGAACCAUAUCAGGCAUUGGACGGCUCGCUGACGACUUACUGGGCAGGGGACCACGAUAUUGGAAUGAGCUGCUCCUGCUGGCAUGCUUCCAAGAAGGAUGCCCAACAACUCCUUCUCGACCUGGGGUCUUCGCAGAAAGUCUCCAAGAUCAACAUUUGGCAGGGUGGUGCCGGAAACAAGUGGGCCGUCUCUCGCCUUCGCAUUCACUGCCACAGCGCGCAGCUCAAUGCGAACCCUUUAGAGUUGGAGAUCUCCAGCGGCUCCACAACCAUCGAGUGCGACGAUGUGGGCUGCCGCGCCACUGGCCACAAUCCCACCUUCGUGAAUAGAUCAGCGGCUUGCGUCGCCAGCAAAGCUGGCCACGGUGUGCCUGUCGGCUUGCUCCUGGGGCUGGGGCUGGCCAGCGCCUGCUGCUGGUGCAAUGGCGACAGCAUCACCUCGCCUUUGUGCAAAGACAGCUGGGACCUUCAUGAGGUGGCGGUCUACGACGACCAAAACCAGGAGAUUACCGGCAUUAUGGCCACUGCACCGACAGGAACCGCUCCGCCAAACGCAGGACGCGACUAUGAACCAUAUCAGGUGUUGGACGGCUCACUGACGACUUUCUGGGCAGGGGCCCACGAUAUUGGAAUGAGCUGCUCCUGCUGGGAUUAUUCCAAGCAGGAUGCCCAGCACAUCCUUCUCGACCUGGGGACUACGCAGAAAGUCUCCAAGAUCAACAUUUGGCAGGGUGGUGUCGGAAACAAUUGGGCCAUUUGGGCCGUCUCUCGCCUUCGCAUUCACUGCCACAGCGCGCAGCUCAAUGCGAACCCUUUAGAGUUGGACAUCUCCAGUGGCUCGACCACCAUCGAGUGCGACGAUGUGGGCUGCCGUGCCAUUGACCACAAUCCCGCCCUCGUGAAUAGAUCAGCGGCUUGCGUCGCCAGCAAAGCCGGCCACGGUGCGCCUGUCGGCUUGCUGCUGGGGCUGGGGCUGCUGGCCAGCGCAGGCUGCUGA